AAUAAAGACACAUGACGUUGUUAGAUGAAGAUGCAGUUUGUGGAGGAAUUUGACUCUCUUUACACCCCAGAGGAACAUCAGAAUGAGUGUUUAGUGAAGAUCAGACAGUCAGGAUUUCUAACGACGCUGGUGAUCUCUCCGGUGACCUUACACUUUCUACCCAACAAAACGGACGAACUCCUUCUGCCCACCGGGACAAAUAAGGAUCGUUCACACUACUGUGUGUUUACAGAAACCUGUCUGAACGACGGCACGCCACCUGUCUGCCGAACCCUCAGCUGUACAGAGCGGACAGGGAGAUCACAGGACUGAGCGACCUGCUUCUACAUCAGUGAAAGCCAUUCAGAUGAUGACAAAGAUAAAGCUGAGCUUCUGCACUCCAACAGCUGCCUGAGGACUUUGAACACCGACCUACAAAAAGCUGUUGAAAUGGCAGAAGACAGCAACAUGCUUCUGAGGUCCGAGAACAAUGAACUCAAGAACCAAAUCAGAAGCCUGAAGCAGUCGAUUCAGAAGGUCCAGCCUCUUGUGAAUGAACUGGAGGAUAUUCGAGCUGCAAAGACAGAGAAAGAUCAGAUCUGCGACGCAGUGGAGGCCAGACUCAACAGACUUGCAAAGGAAAAUGAAACACUCAGACAGCAGGUAGAAGUGCUUACUAGUGAGAUGUCCAGCUUCAUCCUGGAAAGAGAUCAGAAGGAGGAGGAGUUCACUAAGCUCAGCUGUGUCCUAAGAGCUUUACAACAACAGCUGGAGGAGAACAGGCUUCAUCUGGAACAAAAAGAUGAACUUAUAAAUCAGAGGGAUCUUGUCAUCAAGCAACUGAAAAACUCAGUGUCCGAAUACAUCACCAUUAACCAGGACAUGAAGGAGAACCUAAAGGAGUUAGAAGACCAGUUGGCGUUGGCUUUAGUUAGCAGUGAAGGGAGCUUCAUGAACGUGGAUAUGAGACUUGCUCUCGCUCCUGAGAACUCUGUUUCACUCAGAGAAGAGCUCGGCAUUCUGUCUGAGGAUCAGAUGAACCCUGAGGAGGAACAGAAAGAGGAGGAAGACAAUGCAGAGACUCUGGUGGAAUAUUCAGCACUUUAUGUGCCAAAAAGUGUGACUCACAGAUAUAAGAGAAAUAUAGGGACAGGAGCCUGCGCUGCUGUGGCACUCUGUUUCGGUGUGUUGGGUGUGUUUGGAGUGUUUACUCCCAUCCUACUCACAGACAUACUGGAUACCAUCCGUCACCUGAUCCAACCGUACGCUCGAUUAUAUCACAGCGGCCUUCCUCCUGUAUAAACACCAUCCUGUCACGAAUCCUGUUCACUGGAGUUCAUAUUGCAGCUGAAUGUUCUCUAUGUUCUUUCCCACACUCUGAUAAUAAAGUGAGAGUGUUUCCCUUCUCCAACUUUACCAA